GGUUCCAGUGGCGAGAGGAGGAGGAGGAGGAGGAGGAGGAGGAAGCCGGGAGCGGGGCGGCUGGGGGGGGGUGGACCCGCCGCGGCUGCUGCUGCCACCGCCGCCGCCACCACCGCUCGUGGGGCUCGGGGCGUGAGGAAGGAGGACGUGUGAGGCCCGGGCGCGAGCCGGCGGCGGCGGCGCCGCUGCGGGAGGGUCGGCGGCGGGACGGCGAUGGCGGAUAUCGAUAAACUGAACAUCGACAGCAUCAUCCAACGGCUGCUGGAAGUGAGGGGGUCCAAGCCAGGCAAGAAUGUCCAGCUACAGGAGAACGAGAUCCGAGGACUCUGCUUGAAGUCUCGGGAAAUCUUCCUCAGUCAGCCUAUCCUCCUAGAACUUGAAGCACCACUCAAGAUAUGUGGUGACAUCCACGGGCAGUACUACGAUCUGCUCCGGCUGUUUGAAUAUGGUGGCUUCCCGCCAGAAAGCAACUACUUGUUUCUCGGGGACUAUGUGGACAGAGGCAAGCAGUCACUGGAGACAAUCUGCCUCUUGCUGGCCUACAAAAUCAAGUAUCCGGAGAACUUUUUCCUUCUCAGAGGGAACCAUGAGUGUGCCAGCAUCAAUAGGAUCUACGGCUUUUACGAUGAGUGCAAAAGAAGAUACAACAUUAAGCUGUGGAAAACGUUCACAGACUGUUUUAACUGCUUACCGAUAGCAGCCAUCGUGGAUGAGAAGAUAUUCUGCUGUCAUGGAGGUUUAUCACCAGAUCUUCAAUCUAUGGAGCAGAUUCGGCGAAUUAUGAGACCAACUGAUGUACCAGAUCAAGGUCUUCUUUGUGAUCUUUUGUGGUCUGACCCCGAUAAAGAUGUCUUAGGCUGGGGUGAAAAUGACAGAGGAGUGUCCUUCACAUUUGGUGCAGAAGUGGUUGCAAAAUUUCUCCAUAAGCAUGAUUUGGAUCUUAUAUGUAGAGCCCAUCAGGUGGUUGAAGAUGGGUAUGAGUUUUUUGCAAAGAGGCAGUUAGUCACUCUGUUUUCUGCACCCAACUACUGCGGCGAGUUUGACAAUGCAGGUGCCAUGAUGAGUGUGGAUGAGACCCUCAUGUGCUCCUUCCAGAUUUUAAAGCCUGCAGAGAAAAAGAAGCCCAACGCCACGAGACCCGUCACACCGCCAAGGGUUGGAUCAGGCCUGAACCCGUCCAUUCAGAAAGCUUCAAAUUAUAGAAACAACACUGUCCUAUACGAGUGACCGAUAGCGCUUUCUUUGGCUACAUUUUUAUUCUGCGGUGACGCUGAGGCUUAUAAAUCAAAAGGAACUAACUUGCCGUCCACCCGUUUAUACAGAACUCACAGUAUCUAUGACUUUUUUAAACUACGACCUGUUAAAAUGAAUCUGUUUCCACAGAUGCCCGUGUACAAUGCCAUGUGCUGAGAAUGACUUCAGACUUAUUAAAUGCAAGCUUGUUAAUCUG